UCAUCGAUUCGCUCGUUUUGCUUUUGUUUUUCCUCCUUUCUGACUUUUCUCUCCCUGAAGAAUCCCCUCUCGCUGGUCUUCGCACUCCCGGCCUCUCAGUUGGUUUAAAGUGCGAGCGACUCGGAUUAUAAACAGGCCGUCCUCCAGAGCAAGUUUAAAAUACUUUUGCUACUUUCCGACUCGGGACUUUGAGUCAAAAACUACACUUGGAUCCGAUCAUGUGGAACGAUACCGAGCAGCACCACCAUCAUCUCCCACUCGAAAACUAUCCACUCGACCCUCAACAGCCUCACCACAAAAAACCAAAAACAACUGACUCACCAACACCCUCGCCAUCACUACCCAUCCUCACCAACUCACUCGAACUGCCACCACCAACUGACUCACACCAUCCAAACAAGGACCCAUCAUCCCUACUCCAGAUCAACCCUAGCCAGCAGCAGCAGCAGCAGCACCAACACCAACACCAACACCAACAACCGACGCCGCAGCAGCAGCAGAAGCAGCAGCAGCAGCUUCAACUUCAACAAAAUUCAAACGAGCCCAGCAGCAACGAACCAGUCCAACCCAACCCUAAGCCAUCAACACCCGAACUCCAACCCGACCUGCCCGUACCCUCGAGUAGUGAUAACCACUUCUUCACCCGAACCCCGAAACCAUCCGAAGAGAACGACAAGAGCAUCUCACUAGCACAGGCAGUCGCACAGUUUACUCAGCCAAACAAUGAUAAGCCAACCAACAAGAGCUCACCCAGCUCAUCAACUCACUCUCAGUCUGCACUCCAUCCACUACUCAAACAGCAGCAGCAGCAACAUCCGCAGCCGCAGCAACAACAACCAACACAGCAACCACCACCACCACACCACCACCACCACCAACAACAACAACAUCAACCACAACACACUCAAACACCCUUUGCAACCAGUGCACCCAAGAUCGAUCAAAGCACCCCUAACCUAGCCUGUGAAUCACCCUCUGCACCUAAUACCAGCUUCGAAGGGGUAAAGUUUAAGACGCGCUCGGGCGGGCGACCGAAAGAUCCAGUGUGGGUUUACUUUCACACUAAUGGGAACGGGACUGACGAACGGGCCACCUGCAAGUACUGUGGAUGGCACGUCGAGCGUCCCAAAGCGUUUCGGAUGCGCGAUCAUAUUGCCCAAUGCGCUCAAGUCGAUCCCGCUCGUCGCGCGGAGAUGAGUCAGCUGAUCGCCUUCAAGGAAGCCGCGGCGGCUGCCAAACAGGAAGAGAAAGCCCACCUCGCUACUGGAUCAUCUGUCAAUGCUGAAAUCCUCAGCUCAGCCUCUAAGAAACGUAAAAUGGAAACUCCCGUUCAUACGAAACCGGCCCUGUCAUUUGGAAAAAGUCCGAUCACCUCACAUGUCCUGGAUGCAACUUCUGGGAAGCCGGGUGACGACAUGGGUAUUCGGCUGGACCGGCUGACGGCAAACGGCUUUGUGCUAAUUGCGAACGGGACAACAGAUGCGGAUGGACGAUGUAACACCCUGUUACCGGCAAACAGCCGACCGGAGAUCGGGAUCUACAAGGUGACCUUCUUCAGUAACGAGUUUUACCAGAAGCGGGGCAUCGUCUCCUUCUAUCCUUUUGUCGAAAUCACGUUUGAGAUCAAAGAUCCUGCUGAACAUUAUCAUAUCCCACUCUUACUCAGUCCCUAUGCAUUCUCAACUUACAGAGGAUCUUAACUUGUAACACUUUAUCAACCUGCUUGGCUCCAUUGCUGAGUAAGCUGUAUGAAAGAAUAACAAUCAGUUUCUUCUUACCCAAAAAAAGGACCAAAAAAACAGAAAGUGACCACUCACCCUUAUAUUAUCUUUUGGUCUUAUUAACUUCAUUCUGCCCUUUCUGUGUGAUCUGUACUAUUGAUCAAAUCAAUCAACUGUUUGUUUGUUUGUUUGUUUGUUUGGAUGUACCCUUUUUUUAACAUAUUAUAAUUAAAGUAAAUACAAAAUAUUGUCAAGUUGCCAUUUGUGCUGUCCUCCCCCCCCCCCCCCCCCUUUUAGGCUGAGAAACAAGAAAAUUA